AGGUUCCUCCCUGCGCCCCGCCCCGGCUCCUCCGCGCGGCCCUCCCGCCUCCCGAGCUCGGCCCCGACAGACCGGCGGACGGAGCGCGGAGGAGGGGACCAGCGGGCGGCCAGGCGCAGGGCCACGAGGAGCAGGUGCGGGCCAGGCACUAAGCCCUGGACUCGGGCCACGCUGAGGUCUGCCCUUUCACCGCCAGCCACCGUCGAGGACACCAUGAGCCAAGCGGGGUCUGUGAGCUGUUGUCCGGGUGCUGCCAAUGGCAGCCUGGGCCGGUCCGACGGUGUGGCCAAGAUGAGUGCCAAGGACCUGUUUGCGCAGAGGAAGAAGUACUCCAACUCCAAUGUCAUCAUGCACGAGACCUCCCAGUACCAUGUCCAGCACUUGGCCACCUUCAUCAUGGACAAGAGUGAGGCCAUCGCGUCGGUGGACGACGCCAUCCGGAAGCUGGUGCAUCUGAGCUCCAAGGAGAAGAUCUGGACACAGGAGAUGCUGCUGCAGGUCAAUGACCAGUCGCUGCGGCUGCUGGACGUGGAGUCCCAGGAGGAGCUGGAGAACUUCCCGCUGCCGACAGUGCGGCACAGCCAGACGGUGCUGAACCAGCUGCGCUACCCGUCCGUGCUGCUGCUCGUGUGCCAGGACUCGGACCAGAGCAGGCCCGAUGUCCACUUCUUCCACUGCGACCAGGUGGAGGCAGAGCUGGUGCACGAGGACAUCGAGAGCGCGCUGGCCGACUGCCGGCUGGGAAAGAAGAUGCGGCCGCAGACCCUGAAGGGCCACCAGGAGAAGAUUCGGCAGCGGCUGUCGGUCCUGCCUCCCCCCCAGGGCCCGGCCCCCAUCCCCUUCCAGCGCCACGGCGGGGACACCCCUUCCACAAAGAACCGAGUGGGCCUGCCGGUGCCGCUCAGCGAGCCAGGCAUCCGCCGCCGGGAGUCGCUGGAGGAGGAGCCCCGCGCCCUGCUGGCCCAGAAGAUCGAGAAGGAGACGCAAAUCCUCAACUGCGCCCUGGAUGACAUAGAGUGGUUCGUGGCGCGGCUGCAGAAGGCGGCUGAGGCGUUCAAGCAGCUGAACCAGCGCAAGAAGGGAAAGAAGAAGGGGAAGAAGGGGCCGGCAGAGGGCGUGCUCACGCUGCGGGCGCGGCCCCCCUCCGAGGCAGAGUUUGUUGACUGCUUCCAGAAGAUCAAGCUGGCCAUCAACCUACUGGCCAAGCUGCAGAAGCACAUCCAGAACCCCAGCGCAGCGGAGCUGGUGCACUUCCUCUUCGGACCUCUGGACCUGAUUGUCAGCACGUGUGGCGGCCCGGACAUUGCUCGCUCCGUCUCCAGCCCCCUGCUCUCCCGAGACACUGUGGGCUUCCUGCGCGGCCACCUGGUCCCCAAGGAGAUGGCGCUGUGGGAGUCCCUAGGGGAAACCUGGACACGCCCCCGCUCCGAGUGGCCCCGGGAGCCGCAGGUGCGGCCCUACGUGCCCAAGUUCCACAGCGGCUGGGAGCCGCCCCUGGACGUGCUGCAGGAAGCCCCCUGGGAGGUGGAGGGGCUGGCGCCCGCCCCCGCUGACGAGCCAGCUCCAGGGGGCCGACCGUCCUUUCGCAACGCCCCGAAGCACGGCCCCGUCUCUGAGCCCGCACCCCAGGGAGACGUCCUCCCCCCGGUCAGCUCCCUGCAAGCUCACAGGGGCUACGAGCCCGUGCAGACCAUGGCCAGGUACGUCCAGGUCCUCUAUGACUUCACGGCGCGCAACGCCAACGAGCUGUCGGUGCUCAAGGACGAGGUCCUGGAGGUGCUGGAAGAUGGUCACCAGUGGUGGAAGCUGCGAAAUCGCAGCGGCCAGGCAGGCUACGUGCCCAGCAAUAUCCUGAUCCGGCUGGAGGAGGUCCCCGCUGAGCAGGCCAGUCUGAAAUACUGGGGUCCUGCCAGCCCAACCCACAAGCUGCCCCCAGGCUUCGCCGGCAACAAAGACGAGCUGAUCCACCACAUGGACGAGGUCAACGACGAGCUCCUCAAGAAGAUCAGCCACAUCAAGACGCAGCCGCAGCGGCACUUCCGCGUGGAGCGCAGCCAGCCCGUGCACCUGCCGCUCACCUACGAGUCCGGCCCCCGCGAGGUCCGCGCCUGGCUGGAAGCCAAGGCCUUCAGCCCCCGGAUCGUGGAGCAUCUGGGCAUCCUGACGGGGCCCCAGCUCUUCUCGCUCAACAAAGACGAGCUGAGGAAGGUGUGCGGGGAGGAGGGCGCCCGCGUGUACAGCCAGCUCACCGUGCAGAAGGCCGUCCUGGAGAAGCAGCACAGUGGGUCGGAGCUGGAGGAGGUCAUGAGCAAGUUCCACUCCAAGACGCAGCGGCGGGCGGAGGAGGACAGCUAGGCCUGCGGCAGGGCCCGCCCCGUGGCACCGGGCGUUCCUUUGGCACGUGUGUGUGCGCGCGUCACCCACCACGGACGCUGACCGAGCAUGGUGCCGGCUGGGGGCCGCUCGCCCGCCUCACGGCGCGUGGGGCCGGUCCUCAGGCUCGGCAGUGCCCCCCUCGCCCCCCAGCCUGCCCGAGGCCCACCUCAGCCAAACUUGCCACCUGGAGGUGCCAGCCCCUAGUCCGCCUGCCCCCUGAGGCCCGGAGCUGUGCCUGUCCCAGACCCAGCCCGUCCCCACCCCUCUCCCGAGGCCGCAGAACCCUCGGGAGGGGCAGGGCCCUUUCCCCCGCCGCCUCCACGCUCACAAGGGUUCCUCCUGGCGCAUGUGACUGGCCCUGUCCCCGCUCACUGCCACAUCCACCUGCAGCCGCUACACUCAGUCCUGCGGACACACGGUGCCAGAAGGGCAGCAGGCCUCAGCCUCAGGCCACCCUUGCUCGGAGCUGGCCGGCUGGAGACCCUCGACUCCGCAGUGUAGCCCUCGGUACCCACAGCCCCCGGCUCCCCAGGGCGGCCGGGCGGGGUGUGCAGGGGCUGCAUUCUCUUCCCCUUCGAGGACGGCCCUCCCCCAUCCCUGCCCCACCCCCUCCAGAGCCCAGAAGGGAAUGUUCUCUGGCCGAGUCCCCAGCCAGCCUCACCUGAUGUGCUGUGUGGGUUGGGGGGGCGAGUCUCAGGGCCCCAGACUCUGUGGGUUGCACCCCAGAGAUGAGCGGGGACGAGGCUCAGAGUCCAUGUCAUUAAACCCAGUAAGCCUC